AUGGGGUUCAAGAAUGUAGAAGUAGAGUACGAUGCUUUACAAGUAGUUGAGGCAAUAAACAAAAAACUACAAAGGAGAAGUGAAGCUUACCGACUUAUUCAGGAGUUGCUGUCGGGAGAGUGGAAUGUUCGACUCAAUCAUGUCUUCAGGGAAGGAAACAGAUGUGCCGACAAAAUAGCAUCCCUUGGUGCAAGCCAAACGGAGCAGAAAUUGGUUUGGUUCACACCACCAAAGGCUGUCCAGGAAAUUCUGAAGGAGUACUUGCUAGGAAUAGGAGUGCCAAGAUACGUUGAUCACACUUAG